CCAUUCAUUUUAGUAUUUGAUUCCGCGGUGGCAGACCGAACUGCAUUCGAUUGUGUUUUAUUAUUUUUGUCCGAUUAUUUUCUAUAUAAAUUUUGUGUUAAAGUGGAAUUUUUAUUUUCGUGUGUUACGAAAAAGGCCCUCCCUCCCAAAAAAUUGAAAAAUUAAAAAGUUAAAAUAUAAUCAAGGCUUAAAAAAGUGAAUUUUAUUUUAUAUCAACAUCACUUAUAAAGUGAACGUUCUAGAAAUUUUGGAUAAGAAGAAAGGAUUUGUCUUUGAACUUUCGUGAAAAAGGAUAUUCGAUAACAUAUUUCACAAUGUUGUUAAGAAGUUGUCUCGUUCUUUCAACGACGUGUUUAAUAGUCUCCGUGCUGUCCGACACUACAGCCAAACCUCAAGGUUUCUCAGCAAGAUCUUUCGAGGAAGAUGAACAUUUGGAUCCUCAAGAACAAACUCAUCCAGCUUACAGAUCCAGAGCUUAUGAUUAUAGCAGCGAGGAAGAGCAAGAGCAAGAACCACCACGACAAUUAUAUCAGAGUCGUAAUCCCAUCAAACCCAAUACAAAUUAUUUGAAACCAGUUAAAAACAAUCAGAAGAUAGAAAGUGAAGAGGAGGAAGAGUUGGAGGAACCUGAUCGUCUAACAACUUUGUUGGAAAAAUCUCAAUUCAACUGUAACAGCAAAACCACUGGAUACUAUGCUGAUGAAUCAUUAGCAUGUGAAGUAUUCCAUUAUUGUCAGGAAAAUCAACGACACUCAUGGAUCUGUCCCGAAGGAUUCACAUUCCAUCAAAUACACCUUAUUUGCAUGCCACCAUCAAAUGAUAACAUUUGUGACCAAUCCUCGAAGUACCACAUUGUCAAUGAUUACCUCUAUAAGCCAAUUAACCUUCAGGAACACCAAUCAAAACCCAAUGUAACUCUUCGCUAUUCCGAUCGUUAUUAUCCUGAGAGCUUCUAUGAAAACGAAAACCAAGAAGAGGAACGUGAUACCAGACAGCGAGUUCACAAUCCACAGAGACAACCUGUUCAAAUCGGAUUCAACUCUCAACAACGUCAGCAUCACCAACAACCUACAUAUCAAGCACCAACAUUUCCUAUACAGCAACAACAACAACAACACCAGCCUCAGCCUCAGCAACAACAACAACAAGUUCAACCUCAAGUCCGAAAGGCCCCACCACCAGCACAACCUGUCCAAUUAGUUCAACAAACUAUUGCACCUUCUCCAACUCCUCAAUCCCAGUACAGAUACAUUACGCAGCAACCCACUCAACAGUAUCAACAACAAGUCUAUCGUACACCUGAAGAGAUCAAUAUUUCGCUUCAACAACGUCGCCCACAGCUCUUUGCGCCAACGUCAACGCCUAGAUAUUACGAGGAGGACUAUUUGUAUGAGAGGAGGAAGUAAGGCAGUAAUGAUGUUAGAGACUUUUGCUUUUUGAAGCUUUUAUGAGUUGAGAGUAUCUACUUGUUUUUUUGUUAAGUUAAUAUCAAUGCGAUGUGUAUAUUUUUUUAUUUUUAGAAAAAAAAUAUUAAGACAUUUUAUACCUACAUACCAUUAUAUACAUUUUAUGUUUUCUUAACUUUUGUGUUUUAGUUGUUACGUGUCUGUAGAAUAUAAUUUUAAGUUUUUAGUCCCAAAAUAAACUAUCUAUGUAAAUUAUAUAAAAUACUUAAUUGUUCGCCACUGAAAUUAGUCUAAAAAAAGGCUCAAACUGAGGAAUAAUUUCAUAAAUUUUACACAGAUAAAUUAUAUUAUUUUUCUUUUCAAAAUUAUAAUGUUAUAAUAUAAACUGUUAGAAGUUAUAAUUUAAUAGUUUUACUUCAAAAAAAAAAUUCAAGCUAUAAUUCUUUUAAGUUGAUUAUUCCGAAGUAAAACCUAAAAACAGUGGGCUUAAUCAUUUAAAAAAUAAACGAAUAAACUAUGUAUUUAUUGUAAUAAAUUUUAACAACGAAAUAAAAUAAAUGUAUUUUUUAUUAAAAAAAAAAACAAAA